AGUUGCUGUGCUGCUGUGGUGACAUGAGUGCACUGUGCCACCACAGAAAUAUAACAUAAUAAGCUGGAAACCUAAUAUGAAAGGUUAUUGCUUCUGUUGAAGUUAAUCGAAGCUGUUAACAUGGUCCAGUUACACGUGAAACGAGGAGAAGAGAGUCAGUUUCUUUUCAACACCACUGUCGACAUCGCACUGGAAACUCUGAUUGAAGAAGUCACAGCAAUCUACAAUGGGAGAUUGAAAGUGGAGAGGAUUUGUUCAGAGGUACCAGAGCUUGCAGAACAUGGCAUCACACUACCCCCAAAUAUGCAAGGGCUCACUGAUGACCAAAUAGUAGAUCUGAAACUUCGUGAUGAAUGGGAAGAUAAGUGCAUACCUAGUGGGGGUGCUGAAUUUAAAAAGGAUGAAAUUGGGCGAAGAAAUGGACAUGCUCCAAAUGAAAAAAUGAAAGAUGUUUUGAAGAAGACGGUGGAAGAGGCCAAAUCUUUAAUCUCGAAGAAACAGGCCCAGGCAAAUGUGUGUGUUACUAAGGAGAUGGUGAAGGAGGCUUUGGAUCUCCUACGGGGUGCUGUUAUGAUUGUUUACCCUAUGGGCCUUCCUCCACAUGACCCAAUCAGAAUGGAGCUGGAGGAUAAGGAAGAUCUAGCUGGCACGCAGGCAUGUCUCCAGGUGAUUCCCGCUGAAGAGGGCCAACUCUGGUGGGCCCAGAAAGAAAUGCAGCGCGGCAAGAAGCUCCAGGACUACAUUGGCAAAAAUGAGAAGACUAAGAUUGUGGUCAAACUACAAAAGAGGGGCCAGGGGGCGCCAGCGAGAGAGCCACUGGUCAAUGAGGAGCAGCAGAAACAGAUGAUGUUGCACUACUACAGAAGACAAGAGGAGCUUAAGAAACUGGAUGAAGCUGAUGAUGACACCCAUCUGCACUCGGAGUGGUCCGACAGGCAGGCCCUGAAAAAGCAGUUUCAAGGCCUAAGUAACAUCAAGUGGGGCCCCAGAUGAUCCGCCGAACACAGAGAGGGUGUGAACACGCCUCUGGAGAUCUCUGUGUUCUGUUAGUAAUGCCUUACCCACUGACAUUUGCUGUGAUUGCUGUACUCCUCAGCCCUCUUAUGUUUGGAAUCUGCAAUCUUUUUUGUUCUUCCUGUUUUUGACCCACAUAUUUUUGCACUGUACACACUGUAAGUUAUAUUAGCGAGUAAAUAAAACAGUCAUUAACUGGG